UUCCACUUCACACUCUUCUCAUUUCAUUUUCACCACCUUCAAACUUUCUCUCUCCUAGGGUUUCCAAUUUCUCUCCCUUCACCUUCAACAAUGGCUUCCGAAACUCCUCAAAACGGUGCUGCUUCUGAAACCGCUUCUCCCGUUGUUUCCUUCGUCGCUUUCAAGCCUCAGCUCUUCGUUGAAGCUCCGAAAGCUAACGACGCUGUUGUGUUCUACAAGAACGCUUUUGCCGCUGAAGAGGUUUCUCGUUCGCUUAACGCUAAGCGUAAGGCUGAUCAAGAGCUUCCUCUUGUUCUCUCUGCUGAACUCAAGAUCGCUGGUGCUUCCUUCCUUGUUGCUGAUGCUGUUGAUGAUUCCGCUAAACUAGUGAAGAGUGGUGGAAACGGUGUCGUUUUCUGUCUUGAAUCUGAGAACAUUGAAGCUGCGAUAGCAAAAGCAGUGAGUGCUGGAGCAGUUGCUGAAGGUGAAGUAGCUGAGUGUGAAGGCGCGUGUGGUGGUGGGCGCGUGGGAAAGGUGACUGAUCCAUACGGUUACGUUUGGCAGUUCUGCACUCCUGCGAAGAAGGCUGUUGGUGACGUGGAGGCUUGAUGACUGUCCGAUGAUGUGAAGAUGAUCUGACCGUAGAAGAUGAAUUUAAGUUUCGUUAUUAGUUUUUUAAUUAGAAUUUAAGUUGAAAUGACUAUUUUGUCCAGAAAAGACAAGUCUCAUGGUUCUUUUGGAUAUUGAUGACUGUUAUUAUCCCUAUGAGUUUAGGUUAAUUAAUAUUUUGAUAUGUUGGUGGUACUUUACUGCAUUAUGGAGGAAGUCUAUUAUCUAAUAGUUCGAUGAAUGAAUGAAUGUAUUUUCGCUGUUUA